AGGAUCACAGAAGAGAACACACAUUCGUGUGGAAGAAGAAGAAGUGGAACCAUAACCCAUCACAAACUGGAAGCAUUGGAGAGCAUUUAGUAAAACAGUGCCAACAGAAUUUAAGAUGGGAAAAAAAACAAAAAUUGGAAAACAUCGGAAAGACAAAUACUACAAUUUGGCCAAGGAAACUGGAUUUCGUUCACGUGCCGCAUUCAAGCUCAUCCAACUAAACCGAAAAUUUGAAUUCUUGCAAAAAUCGAGGGUAUGUCUGGAUCUGUGCGCAGCUCCGGGAGGAUGGAUGCAAGUAGCCAAGCAAAAUAUGCCUUUGUCAAGCAUUAUCCUUGGCAUUGAUUUAUUUCCAAUUAAACCCAUACCAGGGUGCAUAUCCUUAACGGAAGACAUAACAACAGAUAAAUGCAGAGUAGCAAUUUCGAAAGAACUGCAAACGUGGAAGGCAGAUGUUGUGCUUCAUGAUGGAGCACCUAAUGUAGGAAAGAAUUGGUUGCACGAUGCUUACUCCCAAGCUUGUCUUACUUUAAGUUCUCUGAAGCUGGCGACCCAAUUUUUAAGAAAGGGUGGUUGGUUUAUCACUAAAGUAUUCAGGUCAAAAGAUUAUAACCCUCUGAUUUGGGUAUUGAAGCAAUUAUUUAAAAAGGUACAUGCCACAAAACCCCAAGCCUCCAGAAAUGAGUCUGCUGAAAUUUUUGUUGUCUGCCAACAUUAUAUAGCUCCAGAUAAAAUUGAUGCUAAGUUCAUGGACCCUAAAUAUGUUUUCGAGGAUUUAGAAAUUGAGCCAAGAAAUAUAUUAAAUGUGUUUCAUCCAGAGAAAAAGAAAAAAGAUAAACCCCAAGGUUAUCCUGAGAACGAUUAUACUCUACAUCAUAUAUUGAAAGUAUCUGAUUUCAUUAAGAAUGAUAGUGGAAUUGACAUUUUACAAGAUGCCUCGGAAAUAGUAUUUGAUGAUCCAGAAAUACUUAAGCAUGAGAAGACUACAAAAGAAAUACAAGAAUGUUGUAAAGACAUUAAAGUAUUGGGACGAAAAGAUCUUAGAAACCUCUUGAACUGGUGGAAAGUUCUUCACGAAGAAUAUGCUAAAAAGAAUGCAGUACAGGAAGAAGCUGAAUUAGAACUAGAAAUAAAAGCGGAUAAGUCAGACGACAGUGAAGUGGAUCUGAAAGAUGUUGAUAGGCAAAUUGCAAACCUAGAAGAAGAAGAAAUUAGGGAUAUGAAGAGAAAGAAGAAGAAAGCACAAAAGGAAAGGAAAAAACUAAAUGAACGUCUCAACUUAAAAAUGGUUCUUAAAGGAGAUGAUGGCCCAAAAUUGGAAGGAGAUGAUAUGUUCAGUCUUAAAGUAGUAAAGGAUGCCACCAAGAUGAAAAGGGUGAUGGAACAAGCACCAGAUGUUGUUGCCGAAUCUGAUGAUGAAAACGAAAUACCAAAGGGGAAAUAUGUUAGGUAUGAUAAAGAUGACACUCACUUGGAUAGUUCCGGACUAUAUUAUAAAGACUCCGAUUCAGAGUUGGAAAUGGAAAGUGACUAUGAGUCUGAUGAUAGUUUUCAAAGCACAGGACUUGGGUUUCAGUCAGAUAAUUCGGAUCAUGCAUCUCAACAAAAAGCAACAAAAAAGUUGACUCCGAAACCAGCAAAAAGCAGAUCCAGUCAUCCACUUAUAACUGACUUGGAUUAUCGAGACAAAGAGCAGAAAAGGAUCCAUAAAGCAGAAUUGUGGUUUGAAAAGGAUGUCUUUAAGAAUCUUAUUGAUGAAAAAGAUGAAGAUGCAGAUUUGGAUAAGAUGAUUGAAGAGUACAAGAAAAAAGGAGCUCAAAUAGUGGGUGAAGAUAUUGAGACUAGGACAAAUGGAAAUAAUGCGAAGAAUAAUAAACUGCAAAAAAAAAACAGAGUCGAUGAUACAGAUUACAGCUCAGAUGACAGCACAGAUAGUGGGAGUGAUUCAGAUUAUGAUGUUGAAAAAGAGAUGAAAUCUUUAAAUAAUACCAAGAAAGAUGGGUUUGAGGUUGUUAAAGCAUCAAAUAGAUCAGGAUCCAAAAGAAAGCACAAGCUGACAGAAGAAGAAUUAGCGCUGGGAACUCUUAUGGUGAACAGUAAAAAAACAAAACGCGAUUUAAUUGAUGGAGCAUGGAAUAGAUACAUGUUUAAUGACCAGCAUUUACCUGAUUGGUUUGUACAAGACGAGCAAAAGCAUAUGAAGAAAGAUACUCCUGUGCCAAAGGAAUUAGUGGACGAUUACAAAAAGAAAUUGGAGGAAAUAAAUGUACGACCUAUUAAAAAAGUAGUUGAGGCCAAGGCAAGGAAAAAGAAGAGGGCAUUGAGGAAAUUGGAAAAGGCAAAGAAAAAAGCAGAAGCUUUGAUUGAUAAUACAGACAUGUCCGAUAAGGAAAAAGCUCGGCAAAUAAAACAAAUGUACAAGAAAGCGCAUAGAGAACCCAAAAAGGAGGUGACUUAUGUGGUAGCUAAGAAACAUAUGACAGGUAAGAGGGUCAAAAGGCCAGCAGGGGUUAAAGGACAUUACAAAGUAGUUGAUCCAAGAAUGAAAAAAGAUUUAAGAGCGCAGAAAAACAAGUUGAAGACCAUGGCUAGAGGCAAAAAGAGAGGCGGACCAAAAAGGCCCACAAACAGAUCAAAAUGAGAUUUUUUGGUUGUACAGAUAUUAAUAAAAAUUUAACCAAACUUUUGAUAUUGUUAUAUACCAGCAGUUAUGGCGAUGUUCUAAAAAACAUGCACACCAAUGGAUCCUAGACAGUGUCAUUGGUUAUUCAAGUCCCUAUCAACGGAACUUCCUAUCACCUAUCACCAAUGGAUCCUAGACAUACUAAGUUUGUUUUUCUACUGUACCCACAUUUAGAUAAUUACAAUAUAAAUAGGCAAAUGAUUAGAUAGAACCACUGAAGUCCCUACCAACAAAACAUUUUAUAACCAA